UUCUAUUUCACGGGGCUCAAUUUGCAAUCGAGGAGGAGCCGAGAGUCCUCCGGGGUUUCUCCUGAACCUGCUCCUCAAAUAUAAAGCGCUCCCCCCAUCCACCAGGAAAGACUGGAUCAUAACUGGCGACGAGGAGCCGCUGUCUGAGCGCAUCUGUGGUUUCUCCUGAAACCCAUACUGACGUCUGACUGUCUCCUGUUCCUGUAGUGUCCAAACACUUUUGUUUUUAUUAGCCUAUAGUAAAGUCUGAGCGAGAGCGCAACUUAUUCAAGACAGAGUGACAAACGCGUCUUAAAGUUUGGAGCGCGCAGAUGGCAGCCCUCAUCAGCGCGUACUCGUCGUGGCCAGAGUCCUUCGAGAGUCCUCCGGGAGACGGGGACGUGCCAGACGGACACGGCCCGCACAGGACUCCCGUGGACAAGGCUCCGGAGCCGCGGAUCAGACGGCCCAUGAACGCGUUCAUGGUCUGGGCCAAAGAUGAACGCAAACGGUUGGCGGUUCAAAAUCCGGACCUGCACAAUGCGGAGCUCAGCAAAAUGUUGGGCAAAUCAUGGAAGGCCCUGACUCCCCCUCAGAAGAGGCCCUAUGUAGAAGAAGCAGAGAGGCUUCGGGUGCAGCACAUGCAGGACUACCCCAACUACAAGUAUCGGCCUCGCCGGAAGAAACAGCUGAAACGCAUCUGCAAACGAGUGGACCCUGGCUUCCUCCUGAGCGGGCUGGCCCCUGAUCAGAACGCCCUACCCGACCAGCGAGUCCUGUGUCACACCCUUGACAAAGAUGAUGGCGGCCCUAAUGGCAUCAGUAGCGGGUUUUCCAGCCCCAGCCCUGCUCUGCCCAGCGUCAGAAGCUUCAGAGACCCUGUGGGUUCCAACAGCAGCUUCGACACCUACCCCUAUGGCCUGCCCACUCCUCCGGAGAUGUCCCCACUAGAUGCCAUGGACCAUGAGCAUGGACCCCCCUCUUACUACUCAGUGUCUGGUAGCUCCUCUGUCUCCUGCUCUUCCUCAGCCUCCUGUGCAGAUGAGCACCAUCAGAAUCAGACACACAUGGGCAGCCCGCCUCCUUACCACACUGACUACACUCAGAACCAAAUCCACUGUGGGGGCACACACAUAGGUCACAUCCCUCACAUGUCCCAAAGUGGCGGCUGUGGUGGACUGAUCCCUGGCCCGCCGCUGUCUUACUACAAUGCGUCAUCUUUCCCUCAGAUUCAUCACGGGCUCCAUCAGGGCCACUUGGGCCAGCUGUCCCCACCACCAGAGACACAAGGCCACCUGGAGACUCUAGACCAGCUGAGCCAGGCUGAGCUUCUGGGCGAGGUGGACCGCAAUGAGUUUGACCAGUACCUGAACUCCACUGGGACCGGGUUUCACCCUGAGCAGGGGAGCACCAUGACCGUUACCGGACACAUCCAGGUGGCAUCAGCCACCACUGCUUGUCCCAGUAGCACUACAGAAACCAGUCUCAUUUCCGUGCUGGCAGAUGCAACAGCAGCCUACUACAACAACUACAGCAUCUCAUAAGCUUAGUUACAGCACCCGUUAUACUUGUGACUGAGCAGAGACACGACGAGGUUUAAAAUGGGUGAAGAAAUCAGGGUUGAAGUUGCACUUGGGUGCAAAUAAGGGAAAGAAUUCUGUGCUCCUAUCUGUAAUUUCAAAACUCCUUAUUAGCAUCUACUGGCUACUUCACCCACUAUGAUUAAAACCUGAACUGACUGCUGAGCAAUAUGAUUGUCUGGAGCCAAGGACAGAACCAAGGGCAACUGGAGAAAUGUGAAAAAGGGAGAUGGACAUCUCAGGGACGCAGACACAGAAUAUUAUAGUAUUCCACCUCCAGUUGUCAUGAAAUUUCCAAACCAGAAGAACAAUCGUAAAAGACUUGUUGUCCACUUGUAAAUGUCACCAUCUACUGUUGCCACCUCGGCGUGUACAGAUGAUAAUUUAAGUCCUUCGAUGUUUCGCAUACAUGCUGGCUGUAAUGCUAUUAUCAACGCUUUCCAUUUGAAUGUUUGUACUAUAUGUUCUCGCUCUCAGUUUGGGAGUCUUACCUCAGUAGUUGUAAUUGAAUGAGGUUUUAGUUGGACAUUUCCUAUGCAAUUUAACAAAAAAAAAAAAAAAGUGUAUAACGAAGAAAAAAGCCGUUUAUACUUCUUCUCAAGUACUUAAUAAUAUAUAAUCAUAACCUCUACGAUGAAAAAUAAUAAUGUAACUACAACUGUAUGCUGAUUUAGGUUUGUGAAGGAUAAUAAUAACAAAUAAAGGUCAAUUUUUAUAUUAAUGCAAUUACUUGGAUAAGGUGUCCACCGACAGCACACCACAAAACUUAUUUCACUGCUACACCUAAACAGGCGAUACUGCGAAUAAGAGGUACAUUUAAAAGAUUGUGUGGUAGCAGAUGAAGUACAUUUCGACUCAUCUACACAAUGAAUACAAUCAGAUUCCUAAAUAAAACAAUUAGAACAGAUUUUUUUAACACUAUAAUUUUCCUUCAACAAAAACAAAACAAAACAAACAACAACAUGGUGUGUGCUUUUUUGUCCAUCUUUCAAUUUGCUGCCACGCCAUGUAUUCUUCUAUUUCAGGCUCUGUCUACUAGCUGUACUGCGAGUGGCCUUUUCUGACACCCACUCCCCUGCUCGCUUUUCCACCCUCCAUCACAUCAUCCCUCUCCGUCCGUCUGCUCUCGCUUCCAUUUCAUCCCGGUUCAGAGGAUUAGUGUACAGCAGGCACGGCCGUCACCACCCGCCUCCAUCUCAACCGUCUUUUGUUUUCCUGGAGUCUUAUUCUGGGUGCCAUUCUUAGGCACUCAGGACCCCCCUUCCACCCCCAGCCCCUCACCCUGUGUGAUAUCUUGCUGAUGCAGCCCUUUAGUAAUCUGUGCAAAAUAAAUAAAAAAAUAAGUCCCAGGGGCUCGUUGACUGUUUUAUACCCUCCUCAUUUUUCCCCGUCUCUCUCCUCUCUAUUCCCCUUCUCACCCUCUCUGUUCUCUUGAAUUUUUCUUUUUCGAAAAAAGGAAUUCAGGGGGCUUUUGACAAAUCCUGGAGUCUGGCUGGUCUUCCUGCAUUUUUUGGGAACGGUUGAGUCGUGCUUCUUGUAAAGAGGAUGUGGCGGAGGAGCAGUGUUUCCUGACUGAUAAGGGAAAAGCCUCUCUCCGUCAGGAUGUUUGGGCCUGGCUGGGCCCUGCAUUAAAGAGCCAGAGUGAGGGAAGGGAAC